GUGAAUAAGGCUAAUGUGUGGCGUGGGAGCAGCCUUUAAAAAAGUGUAAUAAUACUUUUAAAAGUACUUUCCCAAAAAACCCAGAAUCGUUUCUGUUGGGGAUAAUUCAGACUGAAAUUCCCAGGUGUAAAAAAAAGAGAGGUUAUUUAUGUAUGCCACUACCGCGGCCCGUAUUUUGUAGGCCCCAAAAUGGAAAAAGAGUGAGGUCUCAACUAAAGAAGAAUGGCAACUUAAGCUGACGGAAUAUACGCAGCUUCCAGAUCUAGCAUACAGAAUAAGAGAACAAGAAGAACAUAUGUUUAGAGAAGAUUGAAAAAUAUUUAUUGAAUAUAUGGGGGGGGGAUUGUGUACCCUUGGAAACAUUGGUAGCAUUUAGCAAUAAGGUAAAUUCAACAGUGUAAAUAAGUUUUGAUGGACGUAAUGGAACACUGAAUGGUUUAAUUUAUGUAAAAUAUGCAGGGAUUUAAGAUAUGCAAAAUGAACCACGGAAAGAGAAGAAGGGAAGUCAUUGAUAUUUUAAGGAUGUUUAAAUGAGUAUUUUAAAUUGUAAAACAAUUUGUGUGUGUGAUAAUAAUAAUAAUAUGUUGCUGAAUUUUGAUUUAGAAAUGAACUAAAGCUGUAAGUUUUGAGAGAUGAACAAUUGAAGCAAUUAAUAGUGCAACACGUGAAAAAGAGUUCCUGCAUGGAAUGCACUAUGAUUUUAUUGGGGCCAGAAUCUUUUUCUACAGAAUACUUGUUAAAGACUUUUUAUAAUUUGUCCUGAGUCUGUUGGGAUGGGGAACUCUUUCAAGCUAGGGAUUCAGAGACAGCCUCUGUUCCAGCUUUGCAUGCUAUAUAGAGGAUGUUUGGGAGAUUCAUAGAAUCAUAGUGUCUCCAGAGUUAACUUCUCUCCCCAGUAUUCUACCACCUCAAGUUUGGGUCACAAAUAUUUAAAAGUAGUACAUUGCUACUUCUGAAUAGUUUGAGGGUGGUGGAUUAGAACAGUUCCAAAAAAGCUUUGAGAAAAAAAGGGUACUGGGGGAAGAGAUCAAGAGGAACAAAUUGAGAGAGAGCCCCGUGAGAACGUUUAGUUUCCCUAUGGUAGAUCCUCAAAACGAAGUGAGGAAGUCUUUUAGGAAGCUUGUGAAAAAUUUUGCUGGGUGGCAUAAAAAUAAGAGAAAUUGUCCAGAGCAAAAUGUCAUGGUGGCACCAGCUUGUUACGUACCAGAAAAUGUUCAUGACUAUGUCUUCUGUUAUGCAUCCUUAACCUCAUAUUUCCCUCCAUUAGCAUUCACAUCUGCUAGUAGCACUUCAGUAAUUACUGUGGCUGGCCAAUAUAUCAAUACAGUGGUACCUUGAGUUACAUACGCUUCAGGUUACAUACUCUUCAGGUUACAGACUCCGCUAACCCAGAAAUAUUACCUCGGGUUAAGAACUUUGCUUCAGGAUGAGAACAGAAAUUGUGCUCCGGCGGUGCAGUGGCAGCGGGAGGCCCCAUUAGCUAAAGUGGUGCUUCAGGUUAAGAACACUUUCAGGUUAAGAACGGACCUCCGGAAUGAAUUAAGUACUUAACCCGAGGUACCACUGUAUAUCAUCUAAAACCGGUUUGAAGGCCAUAUCAUGCCCUCAGUUGCAGUGGAGGACCAUUGUCUCAUUGGCAGUGUUGAAAUAAGUAGUUAAUUCAGUUGGCUUCGGUGCACGGAGUGGAGGGGGAAGCCAUCUUGUUCUUUGCAUUAGGCUGCAAAAUGCCUUUGGCCAGGCCUGUCUUACAGUCCUGUUAGGAUUGCUUCCAUCAGUGCAAGAGAUUCUUAGACCAGCGGGAGCAGAGGAAUGAAGUGCAGGCAAAGGAAUGCUGGCUGAGACAAGACUAGCCUGUGGGGAGCUUUUCUGUGGGGAAAGGCAAAAUCCAGGGCCAAAUUGCACAAACUCCAUUGCAUUUUACUUUUCUCCCUGACAGUUUAAUCUAAAGUUGAAAAGCAGCUUUUAAAAACGAAGGGCGGGUGGGAGACUGUCCUGCACAGCAAAAAGAGACAUGGGAGCUAUUUACUUUUCUCCUUUGUGCUAUUUUUUCCAGUUGGGGAAGCCCAAUAAGCUGUUUUUCUCCUUAUGCGGGUGGGGAGCAAAUGGGGGCCUGUUCUUUUCCACCUGUGUGAUGAAAAGCAGCUGGGAGGCAAAUUUAUGGCAUGGGGAACAGCCCAAAGGGAAUGAACAGCUUAUCAAUCAAUCAGUCAGUCAGUCAUCAAUCAUUUUAUUUGUAUGCCACCUUUCCAAAGUUAAAACCAUGCUCAAGGCGGCUUAACAACAUAGAAAAAAUUACAUAACUGCCAACAGUAGUCAUAAACAAUAAACACAACACAACAAACAAAGCUGAUGCUCUGCUCAAGACUGUAGUCUCCUUCUCUUUCAGUUAACACAAAACAUCAGAGGGGAGAUUAUAUACAGCUGCUUGUUAACUUGUCAUUUGGCCCUUAAGAGAAUUGGCUAUGAGAACAAAUCCCAAACCCAUACUGAAAUGGAAUAAUGAAGGAAUAGAGCCAAGUCUGUUCACCCCCAGCUAGCAUGGAUGAUGGUCAAGCAUGAUGGGAACUGUAGUCCAGCAACAUUUGAGGAGCCACAGUUGCACUUUGGAGAGGAAGGCUUCAUAACAUUCUGUACAUUUUGCCUCUGGGGCUGGCACUGUCAACAACUUGGCAAGACAGUGGUCACCAACUUUCCAGUUUACAGAUACGACAGCUGCAGAGCACUCCAAAUUUUGGAAGUUUGGGGCUGGCAACCCUAGAUACGCACGAACAAACUGCAACUGCUUGUGGAUCCACAAAGGGCCUUCUCCAUUUUGUGAGGAUAUUGUUACACUGGAUUCAAAUGUCUUAAGCUUCGCCUUAAUCAUGCUUUAGAGACAAGAAGGACAUGAGGAGCCCCGCAAGGGCAACCAUCAUGGGUCCUACACAGCUCGUGGCACAGAAUCAUGGGAAGAAGGCAUGUGCUUUUGGCAUGGAAGAGAAAGGGUUUGCACUUUUCCAUGGCUCAGAGAUCCCACCUGAGCACAUAGAAACGCCCCCUCUGAAACGGAAGAAGGGGCCAGCCCCCAAGAUGCUUGGCAACGAGGUGUGCAGAGUGUGUGGUGACAAGGCCUCAGGCUUCCACUACAAUGUCCUCAGCUGUGAAGGCUGCAAGGGCUUUUUCCGACGCAGCGUCAUCAAGGGUGCCCAGUAUGUUUGCAAGAAUGGCGGCAGGUGUGAGAUGGACAUGUACAUGCGGCGAAAGUGUCAGGAGUGCCGGUUGCGCAAAUGCCACGAGGCAGGCAUGCGAGAGCAAUGUGUUCUCUCUGAAGAACAAAUCCAGCUGAAGAAGUUGAAGAAGCAGGAAGACGAUCAGUCUCGGAUGGUAGUUGUGCGCCAGAGCUCAUUAUCCCCCCCAAACACCCCUCCUAAAAUGACACCGGAGCAGCUUGACAUGAUAGAAAAGCUUGUGGCAGCUCAGCAGCAGUGUAAUCGGCGCUCCUUCACAGACAGGCUCAAAGUGACGCCGUGGCCUCAGAUUUCGGAUCCUCUUCACCGCGAAGCACGACAGCAGCGUUUUGCUCAUUUUACGGAGCUGGCAAUCAUUUCUGUACAGGAGAUUGUGGACUUUGCAAAGCAGUUGCCAGGUUUCCUGGAGCUCACCAGGGAAGAUCAGAUUGCUCUUCUGAAGACAUCUACAAUAGAGGUGAUGCUGUUGGAGACAUCUCGGCGCUACAAUCCAGAAACAGAAUGCAUCACUUUUUUGAAGGACUUGAGUUAUAAUCGGGAUGACUUUGCCAAAGCUGGCCUUCAGUUUGAGUUCAUCAACCCCAUCUUUGGAUUUUCAAAGGGAAUGAAUGAACUGCAACUCAAUGAUGCUGAAUAUGCACUUUUAAUUGCUAUCAGCAUUUUUUCUGCAGACCGGCCAAACGUUCAAGACCAGACCCUGGUUGAAAGGUUGCAGCAUACCUACGUAGAAGCCCUUCAUUCUUACAUUUGCAUCCACAGACCAAACGAUCAUCUAAUGUUCCCACGGAUGUUAAUGAAACUGGUCAGUCUUCGGACUCUAAGUAGCGUCCAUUCUGAACAGGUGUUUGCUCUUCGGCUACAGGACAAGAAGCUGCCACCCCUUCUUUCAGAGAUCUGGGAUGUCAAUGAAUGACCGCACUGUCCCUGUGCACCAGCUAGCUGAAGCAACCCCAUCCUUGACUGUUGCUAACCAGAAGCUGUCCUCCCCUCUCCAAAACACUGGAGCUCAGUGCAGAGGGCUAUGGUCUUGUGGUUUCUUUGUUCUGAAACAAUGCAGAAGGCAAUUGAGAUGGACCAGUUAAUGCUUGAGUCUUUGAUUUUAAUGCCUUCCAGAAAUGGAACAACUGAAACACCUCAACGUAGUAGAGAUGACGAACCCACCCUAAUAAUUUCUCCAGUGGCUCUCCUUCUUCAGGCACUUAUCCUGUGUUUAAUUUCAAGGACCUGUCAUACACCCCCACACC